AUGCACAAACAUAAACCAGACCCAAUCAAGAUCCGGGAAAGAGAUCUUCGACAAAAGACUCGAGAAGUAAGAAAGGAAGAGAUAGAAAAGGAAAAGUUAGAAGAACAGCAACAACAAAUCUUAGAAACAAUAUUAGAGAAGUACGACAAAGACGAUAAACAAAUUCAAGUACCCGAGUCAAGUAACUCGGCAGAAGACAAAGAAGAACCAAAUAUUGAAGACGUCCCAGAGUUUGAGCCGUUUGAAGAGGCAGAAUUCACAGCACCAGAGUUUUACUCAUAUCCUAAUUCACCAGAAGAACAACUUAUCCAACAAAGUCUACAACAACAAAUGGCAAUCAUCAACCCAGCGACAGCUAUAGGGAACAUGAUUUCCUAUCCCAUUUUUACCGGUGGAAAAACCGAAGAUGCGAACCAGCAUCUCAAACAAUUUGAUCAAAUUCAACGUGAUGGACCUCAUGACAACUACCAAUGUCCUCCCGCACAAAAUUACAAUUAUGAUCAAGAACCAUAUCGCAACUAUAAUCAAAGACCACCUCAAGCUCAAGGUUACAAUUACAACCAGCGACCUGCACCACAACAAGAUAAUCGACCUCGACAACCUUACCAAAAUGCAAAUCGCAAGAAUAAACAAGGAGUAAACAAUCAGGCUCCGAGACCAAGACCACCAGCAGCACAGAAUGUUGAGGUGGAAAUUGACAAACCACAAACUUUUGAAGAACCAGCAAUACAAACUAUCACGAGACAACAAUACAAGUAUCAGCAACCAGAUAAUCUGGAAGAACAAGAUUACAAUGAUGAAGUUGAAAUUAUCCCAGAAACCGAAUGGAAGAAAAGCAAGAAAAUACUUAAAGCAAUUCAAGCUGAAUUGCAAGCACAAGAUCCAGAAACAAUCAAAGAACACGACAAACAAUCAAACAAUCAAGAAACAAGAAGUUUUACCCAAGCGGAGCUGGCACCUGUUCAGCAGAAAGAAAAGUUUCAUGUGGAAGAGCAAGCUGAAGCAAGGUUGAAGCAAAACCUGGUGGAAGAUGAACAGCUUGAUCAGAUUGAGCAACCAGCAGAAGAAAACGAAGACUUGCAGUGGCUAAAGGUGUUUCAGAUGCAGGAACUUGAGGUGGUGCUUCCGAAGUUUUGUGAGCAGACGGAGCAGAAGAAAAAUUCAGUGCCAGAGUUUGACGUGGAACAGGCAGCAGCUGGUCAAGCUGGCUUGGAGCAGAAAGCUGUUGUGAAGAAGAAAGAAGAAGAUGUUAGACAACAAAGAGGUGUAGAAGUUCAGAACCUUGUGGAGCAGCCAUCAAGAGGAGCCAUAUACCCAGGCCAAAGUUUGCACUUGAACGUGGCUGGUUUGAAGUUGGUGAAGAGACGAGGAAGUGUGUUUCUCAGAUCACAAGACUUUGAGGAAGCAGCUCAGACUUAUGAAGAGGAGGAAGAGGAGGAGGAGCCACAUGAGGGAGCAGCUACCCACGAUGCAGCAAUGGAGCAGUGA